AAACUGGGUGUGGGAGUCAGUCUAACAAUGAGUUACAAAUCAUUUCAGUGCCUAAGAAAGUGGGAAAGGGGGCUGGUACCAUGUUAACAUUGCAAUUGUGGUGAUCAAACGGGUUAGAUUGCCGGUGCUCAGAUAGGCCAGUUUGGUACUGACUAGAGAGUCAAUUUAGGGACCUGUGUUCGAAUCCCAGUCUAGUGAAUCAUUGCAUUUUCUCCCUAUUUAUUACAUUUGGUGCUGUUAUUAAGUAAACCAAAUUACAGAAUCUCUAUGAAAUAUGGAAAUUUUACAAAGAAACUAUUUCAAAAUUUCUUUUGGUGUACAUGUAUUUAGUAGUAAAUUUUAAGUAAAUUAAAUAAUUUAAUUAGAAACUGUUAUAUAUAAGCUUGAUGUUUAUGGAAUGAACUUAGAACACAUAACAAAGGUGUUGAUUUCAUCAGGUAUCAGUUUUACGAGGAACCACAGUGACUACAGUUCGAACAGCAUGGCUGAAUCAAAGACAAAUCAACCAUUAAAGAAGAAGAGCAGACAGGGAAAUGGAUGGGAAGAAUCGGGAGGUUACAUGGCUGCAAAGAAACAGAAGCUGAAUGACCAGUUCAUAGGCGGGGGAACUGGGAUGGGAGGUGUGAAGUCCAACAUCCUCCAAGGCAUUGUCAUCCAUGUGGAUGGCUACACUAAGCCAUCUUCUGAUGAAUUGAAAAGGAUUAUGUACCAACAUGGUGGCCAUUAUGAACACUACCUUUCUAAGAGACGAGUCACACAUGUAAUAGCAACCAGUCUUACCAACAGUAAGAUUACAAAGGGACUGAAACACUGCAAGGUGGUCAAGCCGGAGUGGAUCACGGAGAGUGUUGCUGCCGGGAGGCUCUUGUCAUACAUCCCCUAUCAGCUGUACACACGUCAGACCAAAAUCCAGCAGGGCAUGUCCUCAUACGCUACCAAAUCAUCAACAAAAAUAUCCAACUCCACUAUAGCAGGUAUAUGUACAAAAAAUGCCCUGAGUAGAAAUCUGGUAGGCGAGAGUAGCAGAUGUGGAAAUAUGGUCGAAAAAGAGGAUGAGGAGGAAGAUGUGAUGGAUGAGGAGAUUCGCAGUAGGAUGGAAAAGAUUGUAAAGGAAGUGGAGAGUGGAACAGAGGAGAGCGAUUCAGACAGCGAGUUUGGAAGAUACAUGGUGGAGACUGAACAGAAGCAAGCCAUCCUUGAUGAUUCAUUGGCAAAUAUUAAUGAAGGGGAGAAUGAUUCCUCCACUUCAAGCAAGUUAAAUGUUAAAAGUAACACUCUAGGUACUGAUACCUCGUGUACAUCAAAUAAUGUGGUUGUGGAAGGUCCAAAGCUAUCAAUUUCCAAGGAAACAAAGAGUCCUUCACCUAACAACAAGCCUCAUGGAAGAGCAGGCGAUCCACACUACCUGAAUGAAUUCUAUAAUAAUUCACGACUCCACCAUCUCUCCACAUGGAAGUCGGAGUGGAGAGAAUAUGUCAACAAAAAAUCCAAAGAUCUGACACAUUUCCCGGGGAGACAAGCUCUGAUUAAGGUUGUGAUUGAGCAUGCAGCAGACUUGACAUCCCGGGACAUGGGUGGUGAGGGCAUCAGAAGAGCCAUGUCAGGGAAACCAAAACGUGUCAUAAUGCAUGUAGACAUGGAUUGUUUCUUCGUGUCUGUUGGUUUGCGGAAAAGGCCUGAUCUGAUUGGCAAGCCUGUUGCUGUUACACAUUGCAAAAGCCAAGGCAGGAAGGAACCUAUACCAGGAUCUGAUAUUGAAUAUGAACAAAAAAUGUGGAGAAGUAAAAAAGAUAAAGGUAAAUCCACUAAUCCAGACCAACCUGCCAAUCCAGAUAGCAGCACUUGUGGGUUUGGAAGGAAGGGAAAUCUAGAUGCAUUCUCCUCCAUGUCUGAAAUAGCUUCCUGCAGCUAUGAGGCAAGACAGGCUGGGGUAAAAAAUGGUAUGUUCAUGGGUCCUGCCAAGAAACUAUGUCCAGAUCUACAAACAAUCCCAUAUGACUUUGAAGGCUACCAGGAAGUGUCCCAGAUUCUCUAUGACACUGUGUUAAGUUACACCCAUGAUAUCGAGGCAGUGAGCUGUGAUGAAAUGCUGGUUGAUUGCACAGAUCUCCUAGCAAGAACUGGUGCUGAACCAGAGCAAUUUGCAUCUUUACUACGGAAACAGAUACAAUUAAAGACAGGCUGUACUGCAUCGGCUGGGAUGGCAGGAAAUAUUUUACUUGCAAAAAUGGCCACCAAGAAGGCCAAGCCUAAUGGACAGUUUUACCUGGAAGAAGCAGAUGUCAUGGACUUUAUGAAGGAACAGUCUGUUCAAAAUAUCCCAGGUGUAGGAUGGUCUAUGAAUAGAAAACUGAAGUCUUUGGGGGUCACAACCUGUUGCCAGCUUCAAGAGGUACCCCAGUCCACCCUACAGAAGGAAUUUGGCCCUAAGACAGGGUUGUCCUUGUACAGGGGCUGUAGGGGACAGGAUGACCGCCAGAUCAAAACUAACCAAGAAAGGAAGUCGGUGUCAGCUGAAGUGAAUUAUGGCAUCAGGUUCAAAUCAAAUACUGAGGCAGACAAGUUCAUUAUGGAUUUGUCUCAGGAAGUUCACAAUCGUCUGCAUGACAUUGGAAUGAAGGGCAAAUCUGUGACUUUGAAAUUAAUGGUCAGAAGAGAUGAUGCUCCUCUGGAAACAGCCAAGUUCAUGGGUCACGGGAUUUGUAACAACAUCUCUAAAUCCACCAUGUUGCCCAUAGCAACAGAUGAUGCCAGUCUGAUAUAUCAGGAGUGUAUGACAAUCUUACAUGGACUCCGAUUGAACUGCUCGGACCUGAGGGGUAUUGGGAUACAGAUCCAGAGACUGGAGUCGGCCACAGUGGGCAGGAACAAUCAAAAGAAACCCCAGAGCAUUCUCAAUUUUACGACAAAAGUGUCAUCUACAAAAGCAAGUCCUCUCAAACAAAGAGCCAUGGAGACCAGCAACCAUAAUAACUCUACAGAACUCAGUGGAAACUUGCAAAUGUCAACUGUCAGCCAUGACAGUCGAGGUGCUGCUCGGAGUGAUGGAGAAGAGAGGCAUUGGACAGACACUCUGAAGAGUCUGGAUCGGGAAGUCAGUCCAGAGAAAGCCAGUCCGGAGGGAGCAUCACAACUCCACAGACACAUAGAAAAUGCAUUCUCAUCAACCACAGAAAUAGAAAAUGGUAGUCGUGGCAGAGAUGAAAAUUUUAUGGAAGGGACUGUUUGUCAAGAAUUGCUUUCUGAAUUGUCAAGGAGAAAAACUGCAAAUAGAUUUCUACCUCCAUUGCCAACAUUAGACAUUUCAUCCACACCGGAGUACAAGCACCUGUUAAGUAGACCCAGCACCUCCAGUGGUCAAGGCAGUGGCUCCUUGCCAACAAGCGCAACAGCAAUGGACUAUUUUCCUUCACCCUCACAGAUUGAUCAGAAUGUGUUGAAAGAACUACCACCAGAAAUCCAAGCACAGAUUGAAACUGAGUUGCAGAUUUUGAGACGAGAGCCUCGUCAGGCGAGGCAGAAAGUGUCCAGUUACAGUGAGGAGCCUGGGUGUUCUCACUGGACCUCAGGGGAACCUCCUGUAACUGAGGAUACCUCUUCUGCCAUUGUACCUCUACCAGACCUGUCCCAGCUGGAUGAAAGCUGUCUGAAUGCACUCCCAGAAGACAUGCAGAUAGAAAUCAAAGAGGCAUAUGAACAGCAGCAACAGCAACAACAGAGUCUUCAAUGUCUGACUGAUGUACUGAAAUCCCCCCGAAAGUCCUCUCCGAAGGGAAAAUCUCCCCGUAAAAACAGCCCAAGCCUCAAGGGAAGGUCACCAGGAAAAUACAGCCCACACUUCAAAGUUCCCAGGGGUCGACCAGGCAGAGGGCGCCCCAAAAAGCUUGAAUUUCGUCAGAGAGGGCAGCCCAUGAUCAGCUCUUCAAUAGCUGGAAGACAAGAACCUGUGUUAAAGGAAGAUUUUACUCCAAGUGAACUAAGCAUAACCAUAACUGAUGAGAAACCUGAUAAUGGAGGAGAUGAGCCGAUGGAGGCGGAGUUAAAUGAAGCAACACCUGUGUCUGUCAAUCUCUGUGGUGCUGUAGCUAUUGCAGAAGUUAGGUCUCUGUUAAGAGAGUGGAUUCAAAGUUCUCCAGAUCCUGAAGAAAAUGAUGAACAGGUAGUGAUUAACUACCUUCAAGAUCUGAUCUUGGAUAAAAACCUGGAACAAGUGGAUCUUGUCAUUAAAUUUCUCACAAGACUCGUCCACAAGACGGAUAACUCGAACUGGGAAACUUCGUUCGGAAAAAUUUUGUCUGAGGUUCAGUCAUUCAUGAAAACUUAUCAUGGAGCAGAACUUAAAAUUUGUUAGACCUGCAAAAUUCCAUAGUUUUAUACAUCCCAUCAUGUGCGGUGAUGAUGUGCCUGAUGAAAACUGCAACAAUACUGUGAUAUAUAUAUAUAGCUUUUCAUUGUAUAACUGCUGAAACUGGCAGCAAAAAAGUAUAUCUAAAUCUCGGUGGUGUCAUUUUGAUUAUUUUUUUUAUGAGAGCCUUUAUAUUUGUUGUGAUUAUGUUUGCAUAAUUUUGAAAAAUAUGAUAAAUGAUUUUUUUCAUAAAUAAACAGUAAACAUACUGA